CCACUUAAAAGACAAUUGUAAAUUACUCCCCCAAAAGAAAAAUACUUUUGCAUUUUCGUCCCUUCAAGCUGUUCACUCCAAUUGUCUUCCGCCAGAGAAGUCCACUCAGACCACCUAUAUUCCCGUCGGGUCCUUCAAUUUCUUUUUUCAAGCUACAAGCUCCCACAAAACUAGGGACUUGUUCCCUUAUCAUCCAUAAGUUCAAAGAUCUUUUUUCUUCUAGAUUCACCAAGAAUCCAAAUUCCAUCACCAUCUCUCUUCUUUCUCCCUCUCUCUCCUCUGUAUAUAGAUUACCAAGAAGAUCUCUCUUUUCUGGGUUUUGGACUUCUUUCUGUUUUUGUACGUUUUGAGUUAAUUUUUUCCGUUUCUGGGUUUCUCUUCUUGUCUCCAAAAUCCAUUUCUUUUUCAUGAGUCCACCUGAAAAAAGUUAAAGCUUUAUUGGUAUUAUUAAUUUUUCCAUCAAAAUUUUAGUGGCUCCUUCUUUGGAUUUGUUUUAGUUUUCAUGAAUGGCUUCAUAGCCAUUUUCAAAUGUAUUGUAUUUAGCUUUCUAUUUGAUAAUUUUGUUUGAGUCUUCUUUUGUCAAAUACUUAAAUACCCAUUUGAGGCUAAUUCAAUACCAAUCUGUUAGACUUCAAAACUUGACCAUUUCUCAUGUUUCCAAGCCUGUGGCCUCUUUUUGUUUGACAAAAAGCCUUUCUUUUUGUUUCCCAUUUCUCUAUUGCCCUUCAUCUCUUGAUCUAUCACAAGAGACCAUAAAUAGAAAACCUAGAUAUGUACAAAACACAUAACAAAAGAGAGGUGUCCUUAGAAUUCCAUCCUCAACUCUCAGUCUUGAGGCCAAGCAUCCAUUCAAGAAGGGCAAAUUUAACUGUCAAAUUUCAAGACCUUUAUGGAUUCACUGUAGAAGGAAAUGUGGAUGAUGUUAAUGUAUUGAAUGAGGUUAGAGAGAAGGUGAGAGAGCAAGGGAGGGUUUGGUGGGCAUUAGAGGCUAGCAAAGGUGCUAAUUGGUAUUUGCAGCCUCAGGUUACUUCAAUAGUUGAAGGGAUUGCUUUGAAAUCUUCUCUUAAAUUGUCUACUUUAGCUAAUGCAAUCACUUUGAAGAGGCUUAUAAGGAAGGGCAUACCUGCUGUGCUUAGGCCUAAGGUUUGGUUUUCGCUCUCUGGAGCUGCAAAGAAGAAGUCUACGGUGCCUGAUAGCUAUUAUAAUGAUUUGACCAAGGCUGUUGAAGGGAAGGUUACACCAGCUACAUUGCAAAUUGAUCAUGAUCUGCCACGAACCUUUCCUGGUCACCCAUGGUUGGACACUCCAGAGGGGCAUGCUGCUCUCCGACGUGUUCUUGUUGGGUAUUCUUUCCGUGAUUCUGAUGUUGGCUAUUGUCAGGGGUUAAACUAUGUUGCAGCACUGCUGUUACUUGUGAUGAAAACAGAGGAAGAUGCUUUUUGGAUGCUUGCUGUCCUCCUGGAAAAUGUCUUGGUUAAUGAUUGCUACACAAAUAACUUGUCAGGAUGCCAUGUGGAACAAAGGGUUUUCAAGGAUUUGCUUGUUAAAAAGUGCCCAAGGAUAGCGGCUCAUUUGGAAGAACUGGAGUUUGAUGUUUCCCUGGUUGCCACUGAGUGGUUCUUAUGCCUAUUCUCAAAGAGCUUGCCUUCAGAGACGACUCUGCGGGUGUGGGAUGUCCUUUUCUUCGAGGGGGCUAAGGUUCUGUUUCAUGUGGCUUUGGCUAUAUUUAAGAUGAAGGAAGAAGAACUUCUUCUAACUCAUCAUGUCGGUGAUGUAAUUAACAUAUUACAGCAAACCACUCAUCACCUCUUUGAUCCAGAUGAAUUAUUGACGGUGGCAUUUGAUAAGAUAGGUUCUAUGACAACAAACACAAUAUCAAAGCAAAGGAAAAAGCAAGAACCAGCAGUAAUGGCAGAGCUUGAUCAAAGAUUAAGAAGACUAAACUCAUUGAAAAUGGAAGACAAGUAGCCACUUAUCAUCACAGUUUGAUCAAAUUCGUUUACAUAUACCACAUUCCAAAUAAGUGGAUGGUUGCCACCUGAAGAAUGAGAAUGUUUUAACUUGUGGAGUUGUAUGCAUCUGUUGUAAGAGAAGGACACCAGUUUUUCAAGAGAGAGAGACAGAGAUCUGCUGGUGCUUUGAAGUUUGAAGGAUGUGGUGAGUGGUUCAAUGUAAAUUUUGGGUUGUAUCCGUUAUGGUAUACUCUCGAUUUUGAAAAAAUACUUUUAAUUGUUUUAAAUAUUGUAAAAAAAUUUAAAAUAUUUUUAUUGUGAA